AUGUUUUCAACCACUGGUCUCUUCAAAGGCAUACCAUGUCCUGAAGGUGAACGAUGCAACAUAAUCCAUUGUAUCUUCUCCCAUGAAUUAAGACCGCAGGCCAUUGCUGUCUCCGAAGAGACAAAUUCUGAAAAGAACAAGCCAGAUCAAGGGAAUGCCACAUUCGCAAAAGCGACUGCCAAUCCCGUCACUGUCACAUCUGGCAAUGCGACUAACGGGCUUAAGACCAAUGGAUUCACAACCGUCAACAAACAGAAGUCUGCGACUAUAAUUCCGCCCAAGGUCCCUAAGACAUUGCAGAGGCCAGUGAGCCCACCACCAAAGCAACCGACCACAUCAUCCAAGGCAGCCUCUACGAAUCCGACGACCGUAAAACCUAACAUCAAAGAAUCUCUGAAUCCUCGUAUGAUACCUAAUGAUCCUGCCGGCCACGCAAAACGAACCCUUUUCCUCAAGCAUCUUCAUGCUCAGAUGCAACGCCUGAACGAUGAAGUAGCAAAAGGAUCCCACUCAAAGAAAUUGGCCCUGACACUGUCGAGCGACGAAUUGAUCAAAGUCGCCCUGGAUGAUGAAGAAAAGACUGCGCGAGAGAAUCACAAAGUGUAUGCCAACGUCAUCAAGAUGCGUGUCGCAGCACUCUCGAAAAUGACAGUCGAUGACUGGAUCACGCAUAUCAUCGCAACCGUCAGGAUCGAUCAACAGGAACCUCGAGGCAUCGUAAUUCCUCCCAUUGAUACCGGACUACCACUGGAACAGGAACACAUCGUUCUUCCUCAUUUGAUCACAGACCAGGUGCCAUUGGCAAAUCAUGGCUACGUCACUGUGCCGCCAAACGAUGAAGAGAUUGCAGAAGCCAGAGCCGCUGUUGCAGCCUCACUCAACUAUGAAGUGUGUGAUCGCUGCAAGUCUCGAUUCCGAGUAUUCGAAGAGCGUAGGGAGGAAGACGGUGCUCUGACUACGAACGGACUCUGCAGGUACCAUUGGGCAAAGCUAUUCACACCUCGACGUGAGAAGACGGACGCCAUCAAGGGGCCGAAAGAAGCGGUCCACGCUUGUUGUCAAGAGCUCCAAGGCACACCGGGUUGCACACAAUGUGACACGCACGUCUUCAAAGUCAGCGAAGGCAAGCGCCUCGCGUCGAUCAUGCCGUUCAUCAAUACUCCGGAUAACUCGAGGCCGACCAAAGGGCCCAAUGGCCAACCACCAGACGCCGUCACUUUCGAUUGCGAGAUGGGGUAUACUGUUUGUGGCCUCGAGCUCAUUCGUCUGACUGCAGUAUCUUGGCCAGAAGGUCAUUGUCUGGUCGAUGUUCUCGUCCGCCCUCAAGGCACAAUUCUUGACCUUAACACUCGCUGGUCGGGUGUAACACCAGAGAUGUACAGCUCUGCUAUUCCAUACGAAGAACAAGUAGCCAUGGACGCACCUUUACCGCCCCCGCCUCCCGGCAGUCCGGCCACUGCGUCUACUGAUGAUAUUGGCAACAGCCCACUCCCGAUAGUUUCAAGUCCAGCCGCCGCAAGGGACCUACUAUGCUCAUAUCUCAAACCAUCCACUCCUCUCAUUGGCCAUGGCAUCGAGAAUGAUCUCAACUCCGUUCGUCUAUGCCAUCCGACCAUCAUCGACACCAUUAUCUUAUUUCCCCACCCGCGUGGGCUACCUUUCCGCUUCGGCCUCAAAAUGCUUACCAAACGUCACCUCGGCCGCGACAUCCAAAUGGGAGGUGCUUUGGGUCACGACUCACUCGAGGACGCGCGUGCGACCGGCGACUUGGUUCGAUUCGCCGUGGGACAACGACUAAAGAGACUGCAAAGAGAGGGCUGGGUCCUAGCCGAUCGCGCACUGAUGCCACCUCUUCCUGGCGGACCACCUCCCAUCGAGGAAGUCAAGUCUUUGGGCGCCGGAUCAGGAAUCAAGAGACAGAGGAUUGAUGUCGAGCAGCAAGGUCCGAACAAGAAACUUAAGGAGGGAUGA